UCACAUAAUGAGACAUUGUCUGUGUGCUUAUUUGUUCUGUCAUUACGCAUAAGCGUGAUUUUAAUGUGUCUUGUGCGCAGCUGUGGGCGCUGGUCUUACAUGUAACAUGUUAGUGUUCCCCUGCAGGCAGGACACGGUGUUCCCUGUGUUCACUUACUCAUGUAUUUUAACAGCAACGGCAACUCUACACUAUUUUCUGCUGGUUCACGUACAUGCAGUGGUGGACUGUGACUACAAUACAUUUACUCAAGUACUGCACGGGCUUCUCAUGGCAAAUUCUGGAUCCACUACAGUCGACAAUGCUCAGGGUCACCACUGCCUCCUUGUGCACCUACUGCCGGAGGACAAGGCUCCUCCUGCCUCCCUUUGCCCCUGCCUCCACAGUGAGUUCACCCACAAAAAGACCGGAGAACCAGCAAACUGUUGACUCCCUCUACAAACUGUCUGUGGACAUCCGAAAGGUACGCAAGUUCAAGGGCUGGGUUCUGUGUGAGAGCUCUGCGUAUGUGUCCGAAACCGCCGACCUGCUGAGGGACAUGGGUGCGGACACACCAGUGAUCGCUCGCAUCCUGGAGACUCACCCUGAAGCUGUCCUGUGUCGGCCGGAGGACGUGACCGCCCAGCGAGACCUUUGGGUGUCCGUGUGCCCCAACGAACACGAACUGAUGAGUAUCAUUGAGAAGUUCCCUGCUUCUUUCUUCACAUUAACGCAACACGACAACCAACGGGCCAACAUCCUUUACCUCCAGAGUCUGCGCCUCAGCAAGAGGAUCAUCGGCAAACUGAUGGCCUGCGCCCCACAGAGCUUCAGUCGACCCGUGAAGCUGAACCAAGAGGUCAUCCAGACUCUGAGGGAGACCUACCUGGACUUGGGCGGCGAUGAGGGCAACCUACGCCUCUGGCUGCAGAAGCUCCUCAGCCAGAACCCGUACAUCCUACUGCGGCCAGCUGAAGCCUGGAGGGACAGUCUGGGCUUCCUGAGGGAGCAGGGCUUCACCACAGAGGAGCUCCUCAGCCUGGUCUCGAGGCUCAGAGCCUCCAUCUCAGAGCUGCAGCCGAAGGCCAUGCAGCAGGCGCUGGCCUACAUUGAGGGGGCUUUGGACUGCUCCAAGGACGAACUCAAGCAAGUAGUUCUCCUUUGCCCGGCCAUUUUGUACUACUCACUACCCAUCCUGGCAGGGCGAUUCCAAGGACUGAUGGAUGUUGGAGUGAGCAUGGAGCAGGUGAAGGAAUCUCCAAAUGUCCUCGAGCUCACCACGCAAAUCGUGCUUUAUCGCAUCCAGAAGCUUGCCUCCUAUGGGUAUCAUGUGCAGUCUGGCAGCCUGGAUGUUAUUGUGGGAACUAAGAAAGACUUUGAGAUGAGUUAUGGCAAGCUGCAGCUCAGGCAGCAGCGGCCGCUCUUUAACCCCGUGGCUCCUCUCAGAUCUGCUGAGGACUGAAUGUCAGAGACGGGGCUCACAAUUUCACCUUAGCGCAAGAUGCAUGAAGAAGGAAGGCAGUCUGAAACACUAGACCUCCAGCAAUGCUGUGCCUGUAGAAUUUAGAACAACUUCAUUAUUAAACUGAUGUUUCAGUGUGAGGCCUUCGUCAGGGUCCUUGUGAAUAUGACGGUGUGAUUGUUUUGAAAUCUUGCUCAGUUUUUUGAAAUAAUGUUAUGUAUUUUAUAAUAGGUUGAGGGAUGUACUGACAAACACUGAAACAGUGAGACAUGGAAAUAUGUGCCAAAUGUUGCCUGUCACUCUUGUAAACCAAGAUUUAGUACUGUUAAGUAACAAGCUCGUGUUACCCGAACGAGCAAUAAAUACCAUGUCUAACUUUGUAUUUUUGGGUUUCUAAAUUUGAAGAAGCGUCAAAAGCUUCUUUUCUUCUCAGUGGCUCCAGCACAAAAGUCACGUGAGAACAAACUGUCAUUUAGGUUUCAUUUAAAUGUGUUUCACCGCUCACGCUUAUUUCACUGGACGUCACCCCCAAAGUCCAAAAUCCAUUAUAAUUUGACAGUUUUCAACAUUUAAGCUUCAAAGAACAGACUGAGCCAUUGGUAUAUUUAACCCAGUUUUAAUUAAACAAGCACAUCAAGAAGAAACACGAAGCAAGUGAAGCAGUUCUCUCCAGUGGUACAUUUAUUGGGGGAUUAUGCGGUUGGGGGGGGGGACCAUGAUAUGAAGGUUGUGUAUUCCUGUUGCCUUUU